ACCAUCAUUCGACCCCAUGAUUUAAACAUCCGGUCCAAUAGAGACCUUGAAUAUGUUCACGUUCAGGCAGUUACCUUCGCUUAAAAAUGUGUCAAAAAUUACAGAACAUGCAUGGGUCUUAACAAAUCAAGUAAGAUUUAUUUACGGUACGAUGGGCGACGGCGGAGACGAGCCCCAUUCACCAGGUGAAACCUUUAUUACAAGUACAAUAGCAGGUCUCGACUCUGCCAACCCAGUUGCUCCACAGGACAAGGUGCGAAAAAAGUUUUAUGUGAAACAAAAAUUUCCUGUUUUGUUGUUUCCUGGACAAGGAAGCCAGUUUGUGGGCAUGGGAAAACAAGCUUUACAUUACCCUGGGGUCAAGGAACUAUAUGAACAAGUUAGUGAACAUUUCAAAAAGGACCUUUUGAAAUUGUGUUUACUCGGCCCGAAGGAGGAGCUAGAUAAGACAAUUAAUUCUCAACCUGCAAUUUUCGUCACAUCAUUAGCUGCAGUUGAAAUGAUGAAAGAAUUACAUCCAGAGGUUUUUGAGAAACCAACAUACACAGCUGGUUACAGUCUAGGGGAAAUCACAGCUUGUGUUUAUGCUGGAGUCCUGUCAUUGACUGAUGGUUUAAAGGUGUUGCAGACACGAGCCUACAGCAUGCAAGAGGCCUCGGAUGAGGUCGGGAGCGGAAUGAUGACCGUGUCAAUUUCACACCAAUCAAAGCUGGGCCUUGCAAAGGAAGCAGCCAUCAAGUACUGCAAAACUGAAUGUAACAUCAUGGACCCUGUGGUGCAGACAGCUAGCUAUCUGACCCCCUAUCACAAAGUAGUCGCUGGACAUAUUGAAGCUCUGGACUUCAUAGCUGACACGGCCAAACAUUUUGGUUUGAAGAGCUGCAAGAGACUUCCUGUCAGCGGGGCAUUCCACACGAAGCUGAUGAAAUCAGCGGUGGAAGAAAUGUAUUCAGCUGUCAAAAAAGUGGACUUUCAGACAAAUGUGAAACACCGAGUUUUCUAUAAUUACUCAGGGAAAGUUACUCAAACUCCUAAAAUUAUAAUGAGGAACUUGUGUGAACAACUGACACACCCCAUUAAGUGGGAACAGAUAAUGCAUACUAUCUACGCCAGAACGCCUGGAGAAGAGUUCCCCCAUACAUAUGAAGUGGGACCAGGGAGACAGUUAGGGUAUAUACUGAGACUGACCAAUGAAAAAGCUCAUUACAAAAACUACCACCAUAUACAAGUCUGAAUAAACAAUGGCACAGGU